AUGUCAGAUCGGUUCCGACCAGUUUUUUCGAAGAGAGAUGGCCCAUCUUUGAUUAUGGUUCCGGAACUCUCCCUUCCUUUUGACCAAGCGCAAAAGCUCUAUUUUCUCAUGCCGAAGUCAGAUGGGUCUUCAGAAGCUGUGGUUUCAGUCAAGGUCUUUUUCCGAAAUAGAGUGAUAGUAGGGAUUGUUUUCACCUAUCCCUCAGGCAAGGUAGCAAAGGCAGGGAACACCAGAACGAGAAAUUCUGCAACAGCUUGUUUUGAAGCUCACUGUCGAAUUUUCAGCUUAGCUGUCAGAUACAACAAAGAGAGCAAGCCUCAAGGCAUUGAAUUCGAAGUCGAGUCAGUUGCAGAAUUCGAGACCGAGAUGCUCAGAUUUUGUGUUGAGGCUCUUAAUGAUCAAACACCUGAGGCACUAAUUGGCUAUCAUCGGCGAGAGGUGUGGUGGAGGAAUGCUCUAGCCACCAAAAGCCAGCAGUGGCCAUCAUUUCUGAACGGGAAUCUCAUGCCGCCUCCCAAGUCUAAGCUAGUCGGUAUUUAUGUGCGAUGCCAAGUUAGUGACUCAUUGGAACUUGGAGGAGUGUAUGAACCUGAAGGGGAGGAGGCUUCGGGCCUUGAAGACUCCUCGGAAUGA